AUGUCGUCAUAUGCGUAUACAGAGGAAGCACUCGCCUCGCAGGGCAAACGAUCUGCCCUGAUCCCCGCGACAAGACCGUACCACUCUCUAAGCAAAUGUCUGAUAUUCGCGAAUCUCGACCAAGACCGCUGGUGGCACCAAACGGCCCCCAUCCUCGGCGAGAUGCUGUUCCGCGCGGAGUACGACGUCCACCAACAGUACCAGUAUCUCUGCCAAUUCGGAAUGCACCUAAUCCCAAUGCUGGGACCCUUUCCGGACCACCGACAGCCCGAACUGUGCUCCACCCUCAUCGGCGGCGCCGGGAAUCUGGAAUUGAGCCAGAACUUCACCAGGAAGGGAGCGACCAUUCGCGUCGGCCUGGAGCCCCGGUGCUACAGGUCCGUCUACAACGGCACCACCCGGUUCCAGUACUCCACGGCGAGCAACGCAUUAGAAACACUCAAGCACCUUGGCAAAAACAUUGACCUGGAGCUCUACCACACGCUGACCCCCAAGCUUACCCUCACCGACAGCGACCAGGCCCUCCUCCCCGCAUCUAGCCCGGCGCUAAGAUCACCCAUAUCUGCGCAACUCAUGCUUGCGAUUGACCUCAAAGACGGCGACUUUGGCGUCAAGCUCUACCUGGUGCCGCCCCUCAAGGCCGCCGUGUUGGGAAUCACUCCGGCUGAAUUACUCUUUACCGAGCUCGCCAAGUGGGACACGCGGGGCGCGUUCCACGCACCGCUAACAGUCCUGCAAGACUUUCUGACCACUGCUCCCGACCCGCCCACGGUCCUCACCUUCGGUUGUGACCUUGUGCGGCCCGAGGCAACACGGCUCAAGAUAUACGUCCAGGAGCAGAACGUCACGUUCGAGAAUGUCCGGCGGGUGUGGACGCUUGGGGGCAGGCUGGACAACGAGGAAACCCUCACUGGCCUAGCCAUGGUUCGGGAGCUGUGGGAGGCGCUGGGCGUCCCUGAGGGGAUUCGCUCGUCCACUCGGCCUCCUGUGCUUGGCGAUCCGCCGUUCGAGAGUGCCAUUCUGUUCAAUUUCGAACUGAACCCGCUUGAUCCGCUUCCUGCGCCGAAGAUUUAUAUUCCACUCAUGGGAUUGGGUGAUAUGGUCAUUGCAGAUGCCUUGGUGGAGUUCUUCCGCCGGAGGGGCUGGGCGGGGCAUGCGGAGACUUAUGUUGAUAAUUUGGCCUCGUACAUACCUGGACUGGAUGUUUACAAGACCACUGAUCUGCAGGGUAUCUUGACUUUUUCGUAUAGUGAGCGGACGGGGCCCUACUUGACGAUGUAUUACCGCUAGGUCUACUGGGGUUCUUUGGCGGUCCUGGUGAUAGGCAUAACUAAUAUGAGGGUGCAGUGUAUGCGGGAAAUUCUGGGGAGCGCAUGCAUUCAACAUGUAUUGGGCUGGCUGAUGGUCGUCUAUGCUUCUGUUUGCAAGUUGGUUCGAAUCUGUGAUGUU